UGUUAGUCAGUGUCACACUAGCCACUGACAGGUCAAUAGCUGGGUGGAGCGUUUCUCAGCGUAGUUGGAAACAAACGUCGUCACACUUCGAAUGUCUCGACGAAUAUUUUUCUCACCGUGAUUAUAAACUUUGCGCGUCUAAAUUGAGAGAGUGUGCGAAGUGUGAUUUGAAAAUGGCUGAGGAGACCAGCUCUGCACCCAGUCUAUUCGCGAGACUGAAGGGAUAUCUUAAGGAAGCGCCGUUCUUUUGCAAAAUUAUCGAACUGGUUCUCUGCGUCAUUGCAGCGGGAUUAGUCGCGGGCCCAUUUCAACAGAAUCAGAUGCGGCCGACUGAUAUACACCAUAUAGCGAUAUUUCAUGUGGCAGUAUGUGGUUAUAUUCUUAUAAACGCGAUUCUUAUUAUGAGUCACUUCUUGGGCGAAAGAUUGCCUAAAAAAACGGCUCUCAUUUUUUCGACAAUGGGAGCGAUUCUGUGUUGCACCGCCGGCCUGAUUCUGAUUCGCGACUGGGACAAUUUCUCGAGUAACCUGAUUCACGCGUAUCUGCAGGAAUACAGCGAUCAAACGGUAGCGGCCGGUUCUUUCGCGAUCUUGGCAGCUCUGGUAUUCGCCGUAGAUACGUACUUCACCAACAAGAACGAUUGAUCGUCCAUCGAUCAAUCGUCAUCGAUGAAGAGCGAGGCGGAAUCAACGCGGAUCAUUUCUAUCGUCUCGCCUCGUUAACUAAAAGUUAAGAGCUAUUAUUUCACAGAUUUCACUAAUUGUUUUUUCUUCCAAAUGUUCCACUAUAUUCCGCAAUUUUUGUAAGGAAUGUUCUUGCUUCUUGAACGUCUCCGCUAUAGUAUUAUCUUUGUUACCGUAUCGUGAAAGUCAUCGUGAGAUCAUUUUAGAGUAAAAAUGUAAGAUUCAUUCUCAACAAACUGCAUUUGUAAUUGCUUCUCAUUAGCAAGCACGUCAUUUUGUUAUACAUAUAUUUUACGGAAUAUACGCAAUGCUUACAAUGAAUAAUUGUCAUGGCACCUAUUUUCGUUACACUAUCCUCGCGUACUUGUAACUUAAGGGUAUACCGAAAUAUUUACGUCUGCCUAGCUAGUUUCUGCUUACCUCCGCACAUAAUAUUAACGUUAAAUUUUCGUUAUACGGGAAGAUGUUCUAGGAAAAUUGGGAAUCAUAUGCAAUACUGGAUGAAAAGGUUCUAUGCCCAUGUUCUACAAAUUGUUCAUGUCACAAAUUCAAGCCGUGGUUAGAAAUCGGAACGAAAUAUACGUUCUGCGUCGUAAAAUGAUCCAAAAAAGCUCUGCGAUAACAAAGAUAUCGCUGUCAGAGUUUUUAUGAAAGAUAAAAACUUGUUCAUCAUGAGCAAGGAAGACAGCGUGGAUUUUGAGAAUCAAAAUAAUUUUUUUUCGCAAGCUGUCUGCAAAAAA